UUUAACACAGGAGUCACCAACAAACCUUUAAACUGGUCUGGUACUGCUGGCACUGGACGACUAGAGACCCCCGACUCUAUCCUGCUGCUAGUGACGCUCUGUGAUGAAGCUUCAAGGUUUAGUUCUGAGCACCCUGUUGGGGCUGCUAGUGACCCAGACAUCAUCACUGCCGAUUACACCUUUCAUCUGUUCUCCCGCCCCCGUCUGGAGCAUCGGGGAUGAAGUACCCAUGAAUAAAACACUUGGUCAAGUGACGGUCGUGGCCCUUCUUCAAGCCAGCUGCAGUUUUUGCCUGGUGCAGGCAGCCAACAUGGGUCCCCUGAGUGCGAAUCUGACCAGACAGGGCCUGGACAAUGUCAGCUACAUUAUAGUGAAUGACCAGAGUGCGUAUUCACAGCACUUGUUUCCUCUCCUGCGGAGCAGAGCCCCAGCUCACAUUCCCGUGUACCAACAAACCCUCGAACAGGAGGAUGUCUGGGAAAUCCUCAAUGGGGACAAAGAUGACUUUCUGGUCUAUGACCGGUGCGGUCGCCUUGUUUUCCAUUUGCGGCUUCCGUAUAGCUAUCUCCAUUAUUCCUUUGUAGAGGUUGCUAUUCGUACCACUUACUACAAGGACCUUUGUGGAAACUGCAGCUUCUACUCAGACGUCACUGCCCAGAAUGUUUCCACCAAUGGCACAGAAUCAAAGCCGUCACCGUCCUCUCCAGUUAAAGAACCUGAAAAAACCCAGGAGGAGAAGAGAGGCCACGGACAGAACCACCACAAGAACCGUGAGCCUAGCAGACAUUCUGAGAGCCACGAGCAUAGCCACCCAAUCAGUAAUCAGGGUAAUAACGCACACAGCCAGCCAGCAACUGGACAGCAGGACAAAAGGGGCUCAUUCUCCAAAAAGACCAGCAAUGUUUAGUCUUCAUUCUUUGUUAGCCAUCCCAGUCAGCAGGUGGCAGCACUGAUACAUUGUCUACAGUAUUUCCUUUCUGUCUGCAUUUCAAUGGUGGGCUUCUUUAGUUUAAUUCAAAUAAACAUGUUUCUCUUUGUACUCUA